AUGGGCAAUACGCCGUCAGCUCAUCAGAGAGUGGGUCGCAAAGGUUCAGAAAAUUUUCAAGAGUCUAAUAAUAGUAGCAAUCGUUAUUCACAGACGAAGUAUCUUUUAGAGGUGGAUAAAGGGCGUCAAAGUAGUAUCACUUCACAACUGUUCCCAAGUAGAAAGACCAGACAUGCACCGUCAGGUUUGGGUAAUCUCAAAAGGAAAACUCAAAAUGUCGUUCCUCAUCCCCCUUCUCUCUUCAAAAAAAAUUAUUCUUUAGAAGAGGCCAGCGCUGGCGCACAAGGUCCUAAUAAUAAUAAUAACGAUAAUCACAACGUUACUUUAAUGGCAGCUGAUGAUGACCCAAGAGACUUCAAUGAUACAAAGACCUCUACUGAAAGUGUAAGAGAAAAUAUGGCAGGACUUUCUAUUAAAUCUUCUAACGAAACUGGGCCCAUGUUUUUCAGUCCAGGCCCUGCAACACCAACUGUACAACCUACGAAGGAGGAAGCUAUACCCCCAAUGGAUGACAAUAUGAUAUUUCAUAACAGGCAGAGUGUGGUAGCGCUGAAGAAAAAUUUGGAAGAAAGUGAACAACCUUCAUCAAGAUCAGGUUCCUCUGCUAAUAUGGAAACAAGAACCACUCCAAUCGAUAAUAGAAGAUUAAAGCCACUACCAAGACAAGCUGUUGCUGCUGCUAUUACUGCUACAGCGACUACAGCUCCUGCCACCCCUAACGGGCGCCCUUCGAUCGAUACCGAUCCUGAAAGUUCAGAUAUAGAUAAUAUCAGUGAUGAUGGAUAUUUGCAUAGUAAAGAUAUUGUUUUAAAUCAAUCUUUACUGCAUAACGUGAUUAAGCGGGAUAUGAAGCGUAAGAGGGAUAAGGAAACAAACGAUAGUAAUAAUAAUCUGGUUGCUACGAAGACACUCGAACAAGAUGGCGGUACCAAUAAUACAAGUACGAACGCUUUUAUUUCAAAAAAUAGUACUUUGGAACCAUUGGGUAAUCAUGGCAAUCCAAAAGUUCACGAUGUAACGAUUAAUCUGGAAUCUGAAUCUCCCCGUGGACAAAGUGGUCUUUCAUAUGAUAGUUUGGAAUUGGGUCAUUUACAGGAUGUAAAGAAGCUGAAAUCCAUUCCUCACGAUAUGAUAAUGCCACAUGCUAGUGCCGUUGGGAAAAUUCGUCCGGAAGUUUUGCAGCAACAUGGUAAAUUCUACAGUAUGGAUUCUUUUGAAAAAGGUUCCGUGGAACACAGAGAAGUGGAAGAUCGAAAUCGAAACUCUUCGUUAUCAUCAUUGUCAUCAUCACCUGUUUCAGGAUCAUCCCAAGAUGUUCAUGUUGCUAUCAAAUGGAGAGAUCAUCUACCAGUUGAUGGUACAAAUAGAAUGAGCAUGGUUAGUGAAGAUAUCGCAUCUACCUUAAGUUUUGAAAGACAAAAACAUGGAGCUCGUAAUACAUUCCCCAUGAGAUACGAAGAAGAAACUAAAGAAUGGGUUGUACCUGAUUUGGUGUUACCCGUGGGGGUUUACCGGUUACAAUUUUUAAUUAAUGGUGAACUAACACAUUCAAACUAUUUGCCUACUGCUACCGAUUCGGUAGGGAAUUUUGUCAACUGGUUUGAAGUAAUUCCUGGUUAUGAAAAAGUAGAACCUUAUCGAGAUGAAGUGGAACUUGAUUCUGGGCAACCAUUAAAUGCUGGAAAUAAUGGAAUUGCAGGAUCAGUAUUGUCCCUUGAAAACCAAGGAAGCGAAGGAACCGUCUUGAUGGAGCCUGUUCCUGGUAAAGUCAAUGUAAGACCACCAUUAGCUUCUAUGCAUCAUUCUUCAAACAGAGUUAUUAGAUCCAAUACGCCUUAUUCAGAUUACACUGGGAUCAGUAGGUCUAGCUCUGCAUUGAGAAAAUCACCAAUUAACUGCACCACUAGUAGCUUGGAUCUGCAUACUGCAUUGCAACCUAAAAAGUACAAGUACUCCAAUGAAAUCCCUGAACUGUUUAAAACAGCACCAAUUACUAAAGCUAACGAUGAAAACGAAGAUUUUACAUUUGGGCACAUGGAACCACCAACUUAUGAUUGGGCUCGUGGACAUCCAUCAAGUAAUGCAGGAUUCGGAAACCAAGUUGUAGAUUGCAAUCAAGAUGAAUUGUUCACUGAAUUACAACAAGGCGGGCUCCUCGAUGCAGAGACCGCUGAGCAGUUAUUUUUGGAAAAAUAUCCAGUACCAGAUCUACCGAUUUAUUUGAAUUCUUAUUAUUUGAAUAGGAUUAUAAGUGAAUUCCAAAAGAACAAUUAUCCAGGCGGUGGAUCUGGCGGUAUUAAUCAUAUUAUACCUCAUGUCAACUUAAAUCAUUUGUUGACUAGCAGCAUCAGGGAUGAAAUGAUCAGCGUGGGUUGCACCACUAGGUAUGAAGGUAAGUUCAUCACGCAGGUGAUUUACGCACCUUGCUACUACGAAAAUGGUCGAACACUCCACUAA